AUGAUAAUUUUGAGAGAUUCAAAUGAAGACUAAAAAUCAUCAUAAUCACUUCUUGAAGUUAAAAUUAAUAAAGAAAAAUCUAUUGAAUAAGAGAUAAGCAGUCCCACAGGCUAAUACCUCUAAAUGACCGAAACUUCAUUUCAAAUAGGAGGUAUGGUCAUUAAUAGGAAGUAGCUGACAGGUAAAAUAAAUGCUAAAGUAGAUAAGAUCGACUAAUUUGGGUAAAUAAAAAUACGCUUCGAUUAGAAAAUGAUAGUGCCUAAAGAUUUACAUCCAAUUGUAGAAACAAAUGCAAUUAAAUUGUAUCUUAACAAGUAUGAUGGUGAAGUAUAAUACUUGAAUAAAAAGGAAGAAUAUAGUUUAACCCCUAAGAACAGAUAUCUAGAGAUUAUUUAAGUAACUUCUGAUAAAAAUUGGAAUAUUACAGAUUUUGUCAGUAAUUCAUUAACUAUUCAAAUAAACUUCGAAAAGCCAUUAGAUAUUUCUUCUCAAAGAGUAAGUUAAUUAUUUUAAGUAUUUUAGGGUUACGAUAAUCUUGAUGUGAAAUUCAGUGAAAGGUACUUUUUUGUAAGUCAAGAUAAAAAGAAGACAGUUUCUGAAAACUAUGAGAUAUCACGAGAAAUUCCACCUCAACUUCCAAAUGAUGGUAACUUAAAUUUAUUAAUCAUUUAAGCUGCAACUAAAGCUUUAGUUGCAUUGGCUUCUACCGCAAGUUCAGCUGUCACUGGAGCUAUCACUUCAAAUAUUUUUUUGUCACUAGUAAUGGGGCUAUCUCUAAAGAAACUGUGGAUGCUUAUACAAACUCUUCAGAUUAUUGUUCACUUACCAUUACUUUCAAUUACUCUGCCUGCUAAUGCCGCUUUAUGUUUUAAGUCUAUAGUUGAUAUUUCCAAUAUGAAUAUAAUUCCUAAAGAGUACAUAUAGGCUGUACUCUCAACAGCGUCAGAAUAAAAUUCAAAUAAUUUAGGAAUGCUCUUUUUCAUAUUGGUAUUUUCAGUUAUUCUUGGUUUAGUUACUAUUUUGAUUCGGCUUUUGUCUAGGAAAUACCAGAUUAGAAGAUUAGUCUUUGCAUUUUCGAUUGUGUAUUUCGGUGAUCAACCAUUACUCUAAGCAAUCCUCUAAAUUAUUUGUAGUUUAGCUCUUAUUGUGUACUUAAUUCAUUGCAAACCUUACAAGAGUAAAAUAGAUUUUACUUUUGAAAUUUACAAUGAAGCUACUCUAUUGUCUAUGUCAUAUUUUCUAAUUGUAUACAUUGAUAUAGUUAAUGAUAUCAAACUGAGAUAUGAUAUUGGUUGGUAUAUGAUAAUUUUACACUAAUCAUUUUUCUUUUUAAGAAAAUAAAAAAUGCCUAUGUACAACGUUUGA